AUGGCUGAGUACAAUCCCGAGCGCGCAUUCCUCGAAAGCCUGGCCGCAGACCCUUCUGGUGGCUACGCGACCGACAGUCCUGGCCAGCAGCAGCCCGUCACAUCUGACGAGGACGAGGAUUAUGAUCCCUCUAACCUCAUGCCUUCCACAGACUACCCCUCCCAUCUCCCCAAAUCUGCAGCCGGCUCUGUCUCUCCAGCACCGUCAGCUUCAGUACCCGUGAGCCCGCCGGCGGACGCAGACUCCCCGACCAACCAGGCGCCCUCCGAGGCCUCUGAGCCAGUGACCCAACAGCGGAUAGUGGGUGGUUUUGUCGUUGAGAGCUCAGACGAUGAGGGGGAUCUCCCAUCAGUGAAGCCACGGGCGGCUGAUGCUGCGCUCAGAGUGGGCGGGAGGGCUUCACGAUCUCCACAGCGUUCUAUAUCUUCAACUCCGUCAAAUACACUUCCGAAGACAAAUGUACACAUACAUAGUGCCUCACAAGAUCAAGGUGGCUCAGGUGCUCACUCCACUGGCCUCUCUGACCCUGCUCCUUCACUUGCUUCUGUCGUUCCUGUUGCGGCUGUUUCCGCUCAUGAAAAUCAAAAGUCCCCUCCAGUUGCUUCCACUCCUGUUCCGGAAGCUACACCAGCUCCUCAGGCAGCUGCGUCCUCUCAGCCACAAGCUCGUCUUCCUCUUGACCGAAUUGGUAUUCUUGAAGAUCGCAUCAAGGAAGAUCCGCGUGGUGAUAUGGACGCGUGGUUAAGUCUAAUCAGUGAAUAUCGCAAGCGCAACAAGUUUGACGAGGUCCGCGCAGUCUACGAUCGCUUCUUCAAAGUCUUUCCUACAGCGGCCGAAGAAUGGGUCAACUACUGCAAUAUGGAAUUGCAGAACGACGAUUUCUACCGCGUCGAACAAAUCUUCAUGAAAUCCAUCCAGUCCAAUCACCAUCUCCAGCUUUGGUCGACCUAUCUAGACUACGUUCGUCGGCGCAACGAUCUUAGCUCAGACCCCGAAGGCAAAGCUCGCGCAAUUGUACAGCAAGCGUUUGAUUUUGUCCUUGGUAACGUAGGAAUCGACAAGGACGCCGGCAAUCUGUGGCAAGAAUACCUCUCAUUCAUCAAGUCCGCCCCUGGCAGUCAUACCAGCGGCGAUUGGCAGGAUCUGCAGAAGAUGGACCGGAUGCGGAAAGCGUACCAACGAGCUAUCUGCAUUCCUACCCAGCAGGUCCAGAACAUCUGGAAGCAGUACGAUCAGUUCGAGAUGGGCUUGAACAAGGCAGCAGGCCGAAAAUUCCUGCAAGAGAAGUCUGCUGCGUAUAUGACAGCUCGGAGCGCAAACAUCAAGCUUGAGAACAUCACCAAAGAUCUUAUCCGUACAACCCGCCCUCACCUACCCCCAGCGCCCGGAUUCGACGGAGAUGUAGAGUAUUUGCAUCAAGUCGAGAUUUGGAAGAACUGGAUCAGCUGGGAGAAGGAAGAUCCUCUGGUGCUGAAAGAAGAUGACCCCCCCGCAUUCCACCAACGCGUUCUGUAUGCCUACAAGCAAGCUCUCAUGGCACUUCGGUUCUGGCCUGAGAUGUGGUAUGACGCAGCGGAGUUCUGUUAUCAAAACGACCUGGUGCAGGAAGGGGAUGCAUUUCUGCUUGAUGGCGCCAAUGCUAAUCCCGAGAGCUCCCUGUUGGCAUUCAAGAGGGCGGAUCGCAUCGAACUUACGCAUGAACCGGAAGAAGGCGAAGAGGGUGUUAAGCGUCGAGGUGAUGCAGUGAGAGAACCAUAUAACAAGCUACUCGACGCGUUGUAUGAUCUUGUCAAGAAGACCAAGGAGCGCGAAGAACGAACAAUUGCAAGAGUCAAGGAGAUGCACGCGCAGAAUGCACCACAAGACGACUCGGCCGAUGAAGAUGAUGACGAUGAGGAGGAAGGUGCCCCAAAACCGAAUGCCAGGGAGGCUGCACUUCAGAUGCAAAUCCGUGCCAUCGAAGCUGGAAACAACGCGCAGACCCAACUUCUCAGCAAGAUCAUCUCUUACGCCUGGAUCGGCUUGAUGAGGGCGAUGCGACGUAUUCAAGGCAAGGGCAAACCCAAUGGAAAUGUCGGAGGUUUCCGCCAGAUCUUUGCAGAGGCUCGCAAGAAGGGACGUGUUCUCAGUGAGGUAUACGUGACCAGUGCCCUCAUCGAGUACCAUUGCUACAAAGACCCCGCUGCUACGAAGAUCUUCGAGCGUGGUAUGAAGCUGUUCCCUAACGACGAGAACUUUGCUUUGGAGUAUCUAAAGCAUCUGAUUGCCAUCAACGACAUUACCAAUGCUCGCGCAGUCUUUGAGACAACCGUCAGCAAGUUGACGCAGAAGCCAGAAACGGUCCCACGAGCCAAGCCAAUCUUUUCCUUCUUCCACGAAUACGAGUCUCAGUAUGGUGAGCUGAGCCAGAUCACCAAGCUCGAAAAGCGUAUGGGCGAUCUCUUCCCCGAAGACCCACAACUGGCCCGCUUCUCGCACCGAUACUCGUCGCCUACCUUCGAUCCAACCAUCGUUCGCCCAAUCAUUUCUCCAGCCACACAAUCGAAGCCCAAGGGAAUGCCACCUAUGCCCAUGCCCAUGCAGCAGCCAUCGGCGCCCCCCAUGGCGGCCCCGAUACAGAUGCAGAUGCCAUUACCACCGAAUCCAAUGGCUGUUCCGACAAUCGAAGAGACGACGCCCGCUAUGAACCAUAUCAAUCAAGCUCACUCAGAUCCGUCACGGUUCCAAAACGGCCAAAAUAUGAAUUCGCCCCGACCUCCUCCAGCCGUUGCCGCUAUCUCAAAUUCUCCGAAGCGACCGUUCAUGUUUGACGACGACGAUGGAGAUGCUCAGCCGAGGAAACUGCAGCGGGGCGAGUCGCCACUGAAAGGCGCAGCGGGACGUAGACUUGAUGCAGCGAGGCGGAAUCAAGCUCAACAGGGCGGACAGUCUCAUUUCAACGUCCCUCAAGCACCCCAGCCAUCUCUACCACGAGAACUCACGUUCCUCUUGAGCAUCAUCCCGGGCGCUCAUACCUACCGAGAGACUCGAUUCAUCCCGGAAAGACUGGUUGAUCUCAUUCGCAACACCGACAUGGACCGUACUGGCCCGCCACCAGUUGUGGGUCCUUCUCCUGUCUAUAACCCACAAUAUGCACCGCCCCCACGAGUUCAAUUCCCCGGAGCUCCAGCAAUUCCACCCUAUCCCGUGCCCGGUAUGUAUCCACUCAACAACUUCAUGUCACCAUGGGCGGCUAAUGGGCCCCAAGGCUUUCCGUAUCAACGAUGAGUCACUACAGAAUGACUACAUGGCGGGUAGGCGGAAGCAACUACUGUACAACUAGUUUCCAGUGGGUGUUUACGUUUCAUUUUUCUUCCCCAUGGACUGCAAACACUAUAGCGGGUGGCUUGCGCGGAGGACUAGCGGCUUUCCUUCCUGGACUUUUGGCGGCUUGGUCUCUCCUAGACCACGGAUCUUGCAUACAAUCGGCGUCUGGUCUUUUCU